AGCAAGAUGGUGGCAGCUUCAGCCAAACUGGCUGAGCUGGGGAGAGCAUUAUCUGUGUCCUGACUGCAGCAAUGGGACAGGGGGUUCAGAUUUUACAUCUGACAGAAGGAGCUGCCAUAAAGGUUGCUGUGAGAAAGGUAAAAGGCAAGGACAUGGUGCAGCUCUCCCAGCAGCCUCUAAAUCAGGCUGCAGUUCUGUGCCUCAGAAUAAGUGGUUCAAACCUGAUUUUUGAGAUCUGGUGAUGCCUCAGGAGCAGGGAUCCUUCCGAGUCAGUGCUCACCUGCAGCUGUAAAUUUUCCUAUUAGUUACUUAGUUUUGGAAGAGGCAGUGAGAAGAAAAGUCCGUAAAGCUAGAGGAUGAAAGGCUAAGAAAUUGUUUAAUUUGGGCCAUCACAUGUUUUUGGAGGAGAAAAAAAACACUGGGUUAAAUAUUAAAUCAAUUAUAGUAUUAUUUUCAUUUAAUAUAGUCUCCUGUGUAAAAAUUAUGAAGGACCUGUAUCAAAGGAGAAAAGAAUUGAAGGGUCAUAUGAGGAAGAAAAGCCUAUGUUUUCCGUGAUGAGUGUGUUCUAUUAUUUAUCCUAAUUCAAAUGACUCUCUGGUAAAACCUAUAAAUAAACAGAAUCUGCUUUUGUAACAUUUAAAAUCUGAAGGCUGACUUCAAAAAAGCACUUGUGUUACUAACUAUAUAGAAAUACAGGGAGCCUGGCAGGUAAUUUUCUUUCUAGAAGAAAGAUUAUUAUUCUUGCUAGAAGAAAGAUUAUUAUUUAUUUCUUGCUCAUAAACCUGGGCAGGAGCAUUUCGUUGCUGAUUUAUGAGGUGAAGGAUUGCAGUCAUAUCUGGCAGUGGCUGUGGCCUGUUACAUUUUUCAUCGAACUUGACACAUUUGUUCUUGUCAAAGUUUUUGAAUCUUAAGAAAAAUCAGGAACCCCUGUGGUUCCAGUCCACAGAAUGCAUAUGGGAAGGGGAGGGGGAAGGAAUAGAUCAGUAACCAAAGAUGAAAAAUAUCUUUUAUGAUCUUGGUGUUCUUCCAGCAUUCCUGAACAGCAGGUUUCCAAUAGGCCACGUGGAUGUGUCACUUUGGUGGCCACUUGUCGAAUUUGAGUCAUUUUGGUCAAAGGCACUUCGUGUCAAAGCCGUACAUGCCUGUACAGCUGCUGGCAGAGUGUAACACGUGUCCCUGUGGCGCAAAGAAUUCCAGAUAAAUGCUCCCACAGGAGGAGCAAGGGUGCUCAGGUGUGGGUUUGAGCUCCCUGGUGCUGGGCGGAGGUGCCGGCUGCGUCAGCGCUGGCAGAGCAGCGCCAAUGCCCCCGGGAAGGAAAUGACACUCAGCGGGAAAUAGCGUCUCCACGGCCGUAUCCACACGGUCAGCCGUAGGGCAGGUGCCGGGCUUUGCCGCCGCCUCCGCCCGGGACGCGGAGCGCGGGGGAGCCGGGAGCCCGGCGGCAAUUGCCAAGGCCGCGGCCGGGCCCGUGUGCGGGACCCGAGGCGUCCCACGGCUGCGCUGGAGCAGGGUCGGGCACACGCUCGGCACCGCGGCGUCCGCAGGCGGCCUCCUGCAGGCGGGGGGCGGUGACGCGGGCGGCGCGUCCCAGGCAGCGUCCGGAGCCCUGCGGCGCCGAGCCCCGCGGCCUCGGGGCUGCGGGCGGCGGGAGAGCGCGGGGCGGGCCCGGCCCGGGCGGCGGCGGCGAGCGCGGCCCGGCCCCGCCCCGGCGCGAAGGUUCCCGAGGCCGCUCGGGUCAGCGCCGAGGGCAGCGCCGGCAGCGCCCUCCGGCGGCGGUGCGGCGGGUGCGGCGGUGCGGGCGGCGGCGGGGCCGCGGCCGGAGCGCGGCGCAGGAAUGGAGGGGAAAAAACUUAUUUCUGCAACAGACACACAAUAUUCUAGUGUGCUCCUUCAGUCUUUGAAUGAGCAACGUGGCCAUGGACUUUUUUGUGAUGUUACAGUCAUUGUGGAGGACCGGAAAUUUCGAGCUCACAGAAACAUCCUUUCAGCCUCAAGCACAUAUUUUCACCAGCUAUUCUCAGUGGCUGGUCAAGUGGUUGAACUGAGCUUUGUAAGAGCAGAAAUUUUUGCAGAAAUUCUGAAUUAUAUUUAUAGUUCCAAAAUAAUCAGUGUCCGAUCUGAUUUACUUGAUGAACUAAUUAAGUCAGGGCAGGAGCUGGGUGUUAAAUUCAUAGCUGAUCUGGGCAUACCUCCGGCCGAAGGCAAGCAUGUGCCAAGCGAGCUCAAAGACAGUGCUUCAGAAACUUCGGCUUCUAGUCCAAAUCAAAGAGAUGCUGAAACGCAGGUGACUACAAUCAGGCCAGAGGGUCAGGAGGCAACAGAUGGGAUGCCAGUUAUAACACAGUCAUUCUCCUUACACGGCAUAGAAUAUGAAACUACAAAAAUUACAGUGAGCAAUUCGGAUGAGGAGGAUGAUGAUGUAAUUUUUUGUUCUGAGAUUGUUCCUCCAAAAGAAUGUACUAAAGACAAAAAUGCUGCAAGCCAGAACCAGCCUUGCUCAAGUCCAGCUGGAGCUUCUGACCAAAAAUCCUGUGGCAGUGGUGGCUCUCCCCAUGUGACGAACGGCACAGCAGCUCAGAACCUCGCUUUGUCUGCCCCUCAGCUGAGCCCAAGCCAAACGCAGUCAGGUGCUGAAUCAUUCGUCUCGGCAACGCCGCAGCAUUUUACUCCUAAUAUCAUUGUGCUAAACAAGCCUCUGCUUAACUCAUCACUUGGUGCCAGCUCCUUGCAUCAAACGCAUGUGACGCCUACAAUUGAUUUACUUGAGGAGAACCAGCAGCCACCCAAUAAUGGCUCCGUAACUGAAGUGCAAGCAACUGCUGUUGAUGAUGAAGAGGUUGUUGAAGAUGAUGUCGAUAUCAUUGGCUCCUCUAGUCCUGGUUCAGUCAACAGCAGCUCUUUGGUUCAGCAAUCUUCUGUUCCUAAUGCGGGGAGCACUGAAGGAUCAGGUGUACAGAAAAAACAGGUUGUUACAUUUUCACAAGAGCCAUCUACUAAAGCUGGAGAAUUUAAAAUAAAAAUCUCAGACGUCCUUUCUGGAAAUAAGGAAUUAAGUUCGGGUCUAACAUCAAAGAACGCGGCAGAUGGGCAGAAAAUCAUAACGUUAGAUACAGCAACUGAAAUAGGAGGCUUGUCCACAGGCUGUAAGGUUUAUGCAAAUAUCGGUGAGGACACCUAUGACAUAGUCAUCCCUGUGAAGGGUGACCCUGAGGAAGGGGAAGCCAAGCCUGACGACACACCCAAAAAGUCUGAUGAUGAGUCUCCAAAGGGGAAGCGCAUGAAAGUAAAGCACGAUGACCACUACGAGCUCAUAGUGGACGGCAGAGUCUACUACAUUUGUAUCGUGUGCAAGCGGUCGUACGCGUGCCUGACGAGCCUGCGGAGACAUUUCAACGUGCACUCCUGGGAGAAGAAGUACCCGUGCCGCUACUGCGACAAAGUCUUCGCUCUUGCAGAGUAUCGCACCAAGCACGAACUUCACCACACCGGGGAGCGAAGGUACCAGUGCUUGACGUGCGGCAAAACUUUCAUCAACUACCAAAUCACCACCUCCCACAUCAGAUCCGUUCACAGCCAGGACCCCUCCGGAGACACCAAGCUGUACCGGCUGCACCCCUGCAGGUCCCUGCAGAUCAGGCAGUACGCCUACAUCAGUGACCGCCCCAGCAGCGUGCCGGGGAUGAACGAGGGGGGAGUUGUCUAUCGGGUGGGCUCAGGGAAGGACGGCACUGAGGGAGCGACAUCCAGCUCUCCAGCCAAACAAAUCACCUGGGAUGACAUUUUCGUUCCGCAGGGAAGUGAAACACUUUUUAAGCAGAACCCAUCGGAGGGAAGUACUGAAUUUGAGUUUGUGAUACCAGAAUCUUACUGAAACGUUUGAAAUGCUGGAAAAAGGGUUCAGUGCUGGAGCAUUGCAGCAUUCAGUUUUAACUGAACUGUUGAAAUUGCCGUAAAAUCGAAGGUUAAAGUCAAAAUAAGUUGUUCUACCAAGUAACCAAAUGGUAACACUUAGAUGGACUGUGUUAACUGCAGUGGAAGCAAUUAAUCAGAAAAUUUACUUGAAUAGAGAGUGAGACAUUCUAAGGCGCUGCCAGAGUUUUCAGAUAUGUUAAAUUUGAUCAAAACAUGAGGAUUUGUGGCUUGAAAAUGUACAAUUCCUUCUAAAGAGCUAGAAAUAUUUCUAAACUAAUUGAGGUAUUUCCUGUACCCAUACUUACCAUGUAAACCCUUUCUUCCAUGUUAGCACUUUAAUGCUGAAUUCUGUUUAGAUGUUAACCAAGAAAACAGCAACAUUUCUUCAUCGUAGUCUCUUGGUCAUGGAACCAUUUAAAAAAAUAAUCCCACAACUCACAUUUGUGGAAAAGGGGCCAAAAUACAUGAUCCCCUACUACACUGGACUAGUCUGUUUUUGAGCUAGCAUCCUAAUUCUGCUUUUAUAAAUAUUAUGAAUCAUCUGUCUUCAUGCAAAAAGUCUUGUCAACAAGCAAUACUCGGUUAGGGCUAACUUGAACAAACUUUAAUUACACUUGGCAGUAUGGUGAGCUAAGACAUUCAGUGUCCUGGACCUUGUUACUUUACUCUUUUUGCAAUGGGGAAAAACCAAACCCUACAAAGCUGAAUAGUGAAGAAGCUUAGAGCACUUAGGAAGGAGGUAAUUUUACCUUCCUACAGCUUGAGAAAUAUUGAUGCAUUUUCUUACUGCUGGAAAAAAAAUGCCAGUAAUUAGUUUGAUAGAAAGUGCUGUUCCUUUUUUUUUUUUUUUUUUUUUUUCCACUUCAAGAGGAAGGGCUUCAGUCCAGAAUUUUGAAAUUAUAAAAAUAUUAUUUGUUUUUUGCUGAAGGCUUCUCAAAGCUAUGAAUUCAUGUAAGUGCUGUAUUGGUUUAGCACUGAGACUGCUGAAGAUCCUGUAUGCCUGUUUGGCUAGAUCUUCAAGUGUAACAGGGAUUUGGAUUUCCCCCCACACUCACCCCCAUUUUUACAUUUUGGAAGAUGAGGUCUAAACCAACAACCAGAAAAUACCCUUUAUUCACCAUGACCCAAAGUAUAAUUUCUCUGCAGUUGUCUAGUUGUCAGCUGUUUCCAGGUUUGGGUUUAUUAUGUUGCCAUUUUACUCUCCUUGCAUUUGGUGCCUAUUUUAACAGUUAAAAGAUGAAUUAGAUGUCCAACUUGAUCAGGAAAUGGUAGAGAAAAACAGCUGUUUACUGGAGUCCUAGUUUAGCAUUUCAGCGUUAGUGACUUGUUGAAUUUUUGUAAAUGGUAAUAUGAAAACCCCUCAAGUUCUAGAAGUGACUGGGAAAGACUAUUGUGCAUAGUGCUAGUUAUGGAAACCUUUAAUUGCUUAAAUUGCAGUUACAGGUUUCUCUUUUCUUUUUCAUGUUUUAAGCUAGUAUCUUGAUUUUAUGACUCUCAAAGGUUUUAGACAUGCAGUACUUUUCACAGAAAGGCACUUAAAUGGUAAACAGUUCAAAUCUAAGUUGAGCUACAAAAACGAUGCCAGAAAUCCACGCGAGCAGUGAUGGGAGGAGGAUUUUUUACAUGGUGCAUGUGAUGCUCAGCACUUCUCCUUUGUCAGCCAAGAACGUGAUAUACCUGAUUAUUUCCAGAUCAUACUGCUGACCCCUUUGAAUAUAACGGGCCAUGCUUUAAAUGUGGGGUGUAACUGAGGUGGCGUUCCUGCAGUCACGCGUUAUCCUCAUGGGACGUGAGUGUGCAUUGCCUGUGUGGAGCAGCUGGCUGGUGCUGUCGUGGGACUUCCUCAACUUUGUGACGAGACAAAUGCAAUGUUAUUUUUGUUAUUGACAUGACACAUGUUUAAUCACAGAACAGUCUUGAGUUGGAAGGGACCCACAAGGAACAUUGAGCCCAACUCUUAAGUAAGUGGCUUGUGUUGGGAUCUGGAAUUAAGCAUACAUUACAAAGUGCAGAAUUAAACAUAAUGGCUAUCACUAUUUGCUGCUGAUAUAUUUAAAACCUUAAAUUAAACUGUGCCUAGUAAAGGUCUCUUUUUGGAGGAAAACUGGAAAAUUAGGGCUUUGUAACUAUUUUUGCUAGAAGACUCGUGCUUGCAUGUGUCUCAGGGUCUUCAGUUUUCCUUGGAAGUGAUUUUGAUAUCCAAAGUCCAGAGGUAUGUAAAGCAUUUUUUUAAUUUCACUUCCAGUAUUUAUUGGUUUGGAAACAUGUUAAAUCCAUUCUUUGAAAACUUUUUAUGGGGCCAUGAGUAAGCUUUUAUAUUUAGAUUUCUGGCUAUUGCACUUACAUUUGUGUUUUUGUUUGUUUUUGUAAGCAUUUAACUUCCAGUUUAACUUAAUGAAAAAACUUAUGUAAAUAUUAAGAAAUUGGCUUUGGGAUGAUGGAAGAAAAAUGCUGAAUCUGACAAAGCAUUUAUAUAGAAAUGAAAAAUUUCAACAGACUAAGGUAGCAAACCUCACAGUCAUUUAUUAUACAUAGAAAACCAUUAACAGAUCUGCUGCAGAAUAUGGUAAUGGUGGCUGCAUCCUCACUGUCUGGUUUCUUUGGGGAUACAUACCAUAACAUUCCGCUAUGUGAACUAAAUAAAUAUUGAAUAACACCUACUGCUUAUUUAUUUUGUUCUGUUAAGGCAUGCAGCUUAUAAAAAGAUGCAGAAGCUGACAACUAUAUACAUUGAAUUCUGAGUUCUACAGGUAUUGCCUAGGAAAUGUUCCGUGUGAAACAUUCCUUGGUUUUCCCCAGUCUGUGAUGUAUAUAGUUGUACAGUCUUUCCUUAAAACACUUUUUAAAGUUGUGUUCUACUUUUCAUUAAUCAACACGUGAUAUUAGUUUUUAGAGCUUUCUAUGGCAAAAAUAAAAAAAUUUAAUUCUCAA